AUGCUCUUGUCGUGCUGGGCGUGGUCUGCAGUUUUGCUUUUCAUCUUCCGUUAUCUGCGCCUUGUUGUUAACUUGAUUUCCAAUUGGACAUAUAAACCCGUUCCCAUCCCCGAAACGCCAUCCUACACCAACAAAGAUGUCACUGUCAUCAUCCCGACCAUUGAAGGCGAAGGGGAAACCCUCUGCCGCACCAUCAAGACGUGUUUGGCGACACAGCCUCUCGAGAUCAUCAUUGUCACCAUCGAUGCUAGCAUAAAAAGAGCCGAAAGAACUGUUGCUACUUUCAACAGCAGUAAGAUUCGCAUACUGAGCGUUGCAAAGGCCAACAAGCGCAGCCAAAUGUGCGCGGCUAUUCCUGAAGUCAUGACCAAGAUCACCAUCUUUGCGGAUGAUGAUGUGAUCUGGCCUCAAACCAUUCUCCCAUGGAUAUUAGCUCCCUUCGAGAACGACGACAUGGGCGGUGUUGGAACAUCACAGCGUCUGAUGCGUCCCAGAAAGACUACUAUCUGGAGCUUUCUUGGUUCUCUUUACCUCGAGAGACGCAAUUUCGAUUGCUCUGCAUGCCUCAACAUCGAUGGUGGACUGCCUUGUCUCUCAGGUAGAACAGUCGCAUAUCGUACCUGCAUCCUUCAAGACGAAGCUUUUACCUAUGGUUUCACGAAUGAGACUUGGAGAAACUUCCAACUCAAUGCCGACGACGACAACUUCAUCACUCGCUGGAUGUAUGCACGUGGCUGGAGGAUUGCCAUGCAAUAUCACAAGGCUUGUGAGGUACAAACCACCCUUGAGGACAGCCCGAAGUACCUGAAACAAUGUCUUCGUUGGGUACGAAGCAAUUGGAGGAGUAAUCUGACGAGUAUGUUCGUUGAAAGACAUUAUUGGAGGUCAACGCCCUGGACAACUUAUGCAGUGCUCCAAACCACUCUGACCGCUUGGGCUUUCACGGAUUUUUUAAUAUUCUUUCUCUUCUACAAAGCUACUGAGGAUUUGCCAGCAGGCACUAGACAGAAGAUUCUGAGUGGCAUUGGUGUUUGGAUCUUUGUUUUUGCAAAGUCAAUCAAGCUUUAUGGUCAUUGGAUUCGCUAUCCCGCUGAUCUGUUGAUGUUGCCUUGCUCGAUCUUGUUUGGUCAUGUGCAUGGAUUCAUAAAGCUUGCAGGACUGUUGACACUCUCUGCUACCUCCUGGGGAAGUCGUGACGGUGCAGACGAGGACAACCAUUACAGAAUGAUCAAGCUUCCACCAUACGAUACUGACGACCUAGAAGCAUCCCUCCCAUUGGCUCCAAAUUCUGCCUCUACUCUAACAAUGACACAACAACCCCCUCCCUACAAGAGAUACGAGCUUGAUGAGACAUGCCCGUUGCAGGGCCACUACAGCCACGACUAA